GAAGGGAUACUUCCAAUAAGAUCGGAAAACAGAUGAAUCGUCAGAUGCGUCGAGUAUGAGUGACUCCUUCCUCACCGCACAGCCGACCCUGACAUCCGCUUCAUCUUUGCGUAAUGCUUGCUAUAUAGAAAUUGGCAUAUCCCCUAACCAGCCUCUUCCCUACACGACAUUGGAGCCGCGAGUCAAGAAGAUUGGCGCCAUCACAGGCUUUCAGCAAGUCACUCGUCCAGCAUCUGAGAUCGCUUUACUCUAAGUUGAUGCGGGCCCGCUGUUCAUCACUUCUGGGCGAUCGUAAAUCUUGACAGGAUUGAGUCCCUCCGUCGCACUUCUGUCAACAUGGGCUUGCGUGUGGAAGCAGAGUGGACAGAUGAGGCAUCCACUGAACGAUAGUUGUCUGAUUCAGCUAAUUACCUAGGUAACUAUUUCUCUUGUUUACGAAGUAGAUCACCUGAUAUCACAUGAUAAACAGAAAAGGAAUAGUGGC